CGUCAAGCUCAAUUGUUGAACUGAACUGGAGGCGGACGGUCGAGCUUUUGAUUGAAGCGAUUGAUUGAGUAUUGGUAGUAGCUUUACAAACAAUAUUUCUGUUUCUAUUUUUUUGUGUUCCUGCAAGUGCGUAGCUAAUCCGAAGGGAGAUGCCCUUGCACUCCCUCCCCCAGCCGCAGCCCCAGCCCCAGCCCCAGCCCCAGCCACAGUCGCAGCCACAGAAGAAGAAUUACUGAUCUCAGAACCGAAACUCAGAAGAAAACUCAAAGAAAACCUAGAGUGUAGUGGAGUGCAGUGGAGUGUGUGGCAACAAAAGUGUGUGUGUUUCGUGUGUGUUUUUCUUGUGUUGCACCUGUGGCAUCUGUGGCAACCAAGAACCAAUAACAACAUUCAGUGGGAAGGUAGUCCACCAAUUUCGAGCUUCAACUGCCGCAUAGCAAAGAUGCAUCAAUGAUUGGACGGUUUCUGAACACCCAGAGAGACCAAAACAGUAGUGAGAAGCGCUAAGAGAUUUGGAGAGCGAAAGCGAGAGCACUAGGCGGAAAUGAGGAUGCAUUUUAACACGCGGGAGAUCCGAGCGCUGCUGCGCAAGGAUCUUCUGGUGCGAUGGCGCCAGAAGGGCCUCUCCCUGACGCUCCUCGUCUGGCCCGUGCUGAUCUUCAUGCUGCUGUAUUUGAUCCGCAUGAAAUACGGCUCCGAGGAGAUAGCCGCCUGCCAAUAUCCGACCAGACUGCUGCCCACCAAGAACCAGAUGGUGCCCAGUGCCUUCUCCUACAUAUGCAGCAUCGAGAAUAAGUGCCUGCCAUCAGAGCCCUACGAGGAGUACUCCAGAUGGAAGGGAGCGCCACUCCACUCUGUGAUCGAUGUGGUGAAUGCCUUUGUGACGGAUGACAAGCUGCACACGGCCGUCGUGGAGCUGGCGGAGAAGGCGAAUUUUGUGUCCGCGGUGACGGCACUGAUCACCAGCGAUCAUCUUGAAAUUAUACGCACGAAUAUCACAGAAAUCAUAUCCUUGGUGCCGGAGAUCGAGCGCAUGAUGAACUACAGCUUUGACGUAAAGCAUUUGUUUUCUAAUCGCGAGACUUUUGUGAAGCUUGGGACGCUGCUGUGCGGGCAUCCAUUUCCCAGCACGGAGAGCAUUCCUUUGGUCAACGACAUCCUCUAUUCGGAGGACUUUAGCGAGGUCAACGAUGUGGAACUGGAAGCCAUGCCAAGUGAGUAUCAAGGGAGGAGGAGGAGGAGCAGAGACAGAAGCAGAAGCAGAAGGCAGAGCAGUGGAACAGACUGGAAGCCAACCAAGUACUGCAAGCGCCUCUACCUCGACGUGACCUCCACGAACCAGGGCAAGCUCACGUGGAACACCAUCAAGCCGAUCAUCCAGGGAAAGAUACUGUACACCCCAUCGAAUACCCUCACGGAGAGUGUAGUGAAGUUUAGCAACGCCACCUUCGAGGAGCUGGACAAACUGAAACAGCUCUCGCAGGCCGCCGGUACGAUCCUCACCAAACUCCACACGAAUGCCACCUUCCAGCUGGCCUUCGAUAAUCUCCUGAAGCUGGCUCGCUCCCCGCUGGUGAAGAGCGUGGUGGGCGAUGACUUUGACAUCGUGGAGAUCGAGCGGGUGUUCCAGUUCAUUCGCACGAAUCAGCUCAUCUACGACAUCCUCACCACCGUCUCGGAUCUGAUGGAGUGCGUGUCUGCGGACCGCUUUGUGGCUGUGGAUAGCGUGGAGGAGCUGCAGCAGCAGGCCUACGAUCUCAACCAGAAGCGCAUGUUCCUGGCAGCCCUCAAUUUCGAGAGCGUCGGCACCAAGGAGGUGGUCUACCGCCUCCACAUGGACACGGACAACACCCAGCCGACGUUCGAGAAUAGGAACCGCUUCUGGUUUCCCGGGCCCGCCGACAGCAUGGUCAUCGACAUGAAGUACCAUCGGGGGUUCGUGCAGCUCAAGCAAAUGGUGGACCUGGGCAUCGUCAAGCACAAGCGUGACGAGGCGGGAUUCAUGGAGGAGGAGCCGGCAACCAGGUCGCCGGGCAGUUUGUUCAGCAUCAAAGCUGUGAACGACGACGACGACGACGAUGAUGAUGAUGACUUUGACCUGAGUAUCGAGAACACCUCCACUGAGGCCAACACUGCACCGAUCCAGGACCCUGAGACCACCACCGCAGCACCAUCUAGAAUGGAGCUGGAAACCACAACCUUUAAGCCAGAGUUUCUCCUCUCCCUGGAUGAUGUACAAGGUGGGGAUGGGGAUGGCGAUGGAAGUGGGGAUGGGGAUGUUCUCACCCGAUCCAAGCGUCAAGGCCUGCUGGAUCUCCUGAGCGGGCUCGGGGGCGCCGGCGGGGGCAGCAAGAAGCCCAAAUUCGAGGUGGACAACAUGCAGUUCUACACGAAACAGUUCCCCUAUCCCUCGUUCGUGAAUGACGAGUUCAAGCGAGGCCUCUACCUGUCCCAGGCCGUACAGCUGGCCUACUGCCUGGGCUUGGUAGUGGCCGUGGCGAUCUGUGUAAGGGAGCGGAUUUGGAUGCGAGAGAGCAGGAACAGUAUGUUGAUGCGUUCGAUGGGUCUCAGGGCCCAUUCGGAGCUGGUCGCCUGGGCCUUGAUGAGCCUCAUGGAGCUGUGCCUGAUCUUUGUCCUCGUCAGCCUGGUGCUCUACAGUGGUGGCAUCCUGUCGUACACCAACUGGUUCUUCAUGAUGUUCUACUGUCUGAGCUUUGGCGCCUGUCUCGUCUCCUUCUGUUACAUGUGCUCGAACUUCUUCACCUCGGCCAACAUUGGUGCCGUGGCCACAUCCCUGCUGUUCUUCAUCAGCCUGUGCCCCUUCAUCAUUGUGCUGAUGUUCGAUGCGAAGCUGAGUCUAUUCGAGAGCUUCCUGGUGGACCUCUCCUUCACGACGGCCUUCGCCAAGGGCUGGGGCGAACUGAUGCGCAUGGAGCUGCAGCAGCAGGGCCUCACGUGGGCCCACUUGAUCCACCUGGGUCCAGCGAGGAGCGAGUGCGCAAUGGCUCUGCUGAUGUUUCUGCUCGACUUUAUGCUCUAUGCCGCCAUUGGCUAUGCCUAUCAAAGGUGGAAGAAAACUGAGUACAGCUUCGUGCGGGCAAUGAGCUCCCAUUUGGACGACAAGCUGGGUGCCUCGCUGCUGAAUGUCACCAAGCUCUAUGGCAGCCAGUGCGCCGUGUCCAAUCUGAAUCUGGAUUUUGCCCGCAACCAAGUGAGCUGCCUGCUCGGCCGCAAUGGGGCUGGCAAGAGCACUCUCAUCAAGCUGCUCACCGGCCAGAUCCGACCGACGGGCGGCAAGGUGCUGCUCCGUGCCGGCGAGCACAAUGUGGGCGUCUGCUGGCAGGACAACAUCCUCAUACCCAGGCUGACGGCCCGCGAGCAUCUGCAGUUGUACGCCCACAUAAAGAUGCCCUCUGAUGGCUCUGCCGAGGUGGAGUUGGAGACGGAGGUGAGUCGCACUCUGAAGAGCCUCAACUUUGGCCAGCACGAGGACUAUCCCUCGUGGCAGCUGUCGGGUGGCUAUAGGCGGCGUCUCUGUGUGGCCAUUGCGUUCAUUGCCUCGCCCAGUGUCGUCAUCCUGGACGAACCCUGCAACGGGGUCGAUGCCAAGGCGCGCAAGGACAUCUGGAAUCUGAUCGAACAGCUGCGCCAGGGCCGUGCGGUGAUCUUUGCCACCCACUUCCUGGACGAAGCCAAGUACCUGAGUGAUUCGCUGGUCAUUAUGCGAAAUGGUCGCAUCAUUGCCCAGCACAGUCGCGACUCAUUGCAACAUCUCUGCACUGCCAACUACAGCCUGAAGAUGCGCUGCGCCGAUGCCCCAGUGGCCGCUCACAUUGCGGCCAGGGGCAAGCAGCUGCUGACCAACAGCCAGGUGCUGCCUGCCACCGAGAAUGAGCCCCCCCACAGCCUGACCAUCAGCGCCAGCUAUGCGGAGAAUCUCACCCCCGCAGCCGUGCAGUUCCUGGAGCUGCUGCAGCAGCAGGAGUCGCUGGGGGCCAUCGGCGAACUGGAGCUGUCGUCGAGCAGCAGCCUGGAGCAGGAGUUCGAGCAGCUCAAUCGAAGCGAGGAGCAGCCACGGGGAGGAGCAUCAGCAGCAGCAGCUGCGGAAGGAGGCGGAGGAGGCAUUGUGGCUGGCCCAGCGGAUGUGUCCGAGGAUCCGCCCUCGUCAUGUGUCCAGAUGCGACUGCUGUUUGGCAAGCGCCUGCGGCAUCUGGCCCGCAACUACCGACUGCUGCUGUACGUGCUCCUGCUGCCUGCGGUGUUCGAGCUGUGCGCCAUGUGGUUCGUCAGCUAUCGUCUGGAGGAUGACUUCGACACGGUCCUGCCGCUCACCAGGGCCCUGUAUCCGCGCAGCGUACAGCUGCUAAGCGGCGAGAGGCUCACGCCAUUCACCGAGCAGCUCUAUCCGGGUCUGAGAUCCUCCUGCGAUGUCAAUGAUGGGAACGGAAACUUCACCGAGUGCCGGGAGUUCAGCGACUCCUCGCUGGCCUACGACUGGGUGCUGACAACCCUCGAUGAGUACCGGGAGCGACGCUAUGGCGGCUACGCCGUGAACGGAUCGGGGGCGACUGUGUGGUACAACAACAAGGGCUACCACGCGAUGAUGGCCUGGCUGAACGACCUGAACUCUGAGCUGCUGCGCACCAGCCUAAACGACUCGGAGUACGGGAUACUCACCCGCAACGAGCCGUGGAAGCUGGGCUUCGCAGAGCUGAGCACCAGCUCCCUGCUGCGGCAGGCGGGCGACUCCUGCAUGGUGUUCAUUCUGCUGAUCGCCUUUGGCCUGGUGGUGGCCGCCAAUGCCGUCUAUCUCGUGAACGAGCGCAUCAGCGGCGAGAAGCUGCAGCAGCGUCUGUGCGGCGUCUCGGCGGUUACCUACUGGCUGGUGGCCUUCAUCUGGGACUAUCUCAUCAUGGUGCUGGCCCUGGUAGUUUGCCUCGGCAUCGUUCUGGUCUUCAGCAUGCCCGUGUUUGUGGCCAGACAGCAGCUGAUUGGCAUCAUUGGACUCUCAUUAAUGUUUAGUUUUGCCUGCGUUCCCGCUGUCCAUGUGGCCGAGAAGCUCUUCAGCGACUCGAGCAUUGCCAUUGUAUCGAUCUUCUGUGCGAACAUCAUCAUCCCAUUGAUCACCAUGGGCAUCAUCCUCAUCCUGGGCGUCGUGGGAGAGGGCUCUGCGUGGGACAGCUGGCGGCAUGGCCUGAACGAGGCCUUCCUCGUCUUUCCCCAGCACGCCUUGGGCGAUGGUCUCCUGGAGCUGUGCAAGAACUACAUGGUGGCCCUGAUCUUCAGGCGGUACGACAUCGACUCGUACAAGCAUCCGCUGGCCAGCGACCUGCUGCAGCGCCACUUCAUCGCCCUGGCCCUGGUCGGCCUCUCGGGACUCGUGCUGAACGUCCUCAUCGAGUGCCAUCUGCUGCAGCGGCUGUGGAAGCGCCUGGAGCGCCUCCUCGACUGGCACUACCGCCGCGAGCUGCAGAAGCUCCAGCAGCUGAAGAUCGUCAGCCUGCAGAGCAUCUUCAAGAGCUGCGUGGAAGCCGGCGAGGCCUUGCGCGCCGAGAACCUUUGGGUGGCGUACAACCGCGGACGCUACGCCGUCCGUCAGGUGCACUUCGGGGUGAAGCGGGGCGAGUGCUUCGGGCUCCUGGGCAAGAACGGGGCCGGCAAGUCGACCAUCUUCAAGGUGCUUACCGGACAGCUGGAGCCCAAUGUGGGGCACAUCCACUUCGAUCAGCCGGGGAUCUCCUACUGCCCGCAGAGCAAUCCGCUGGAUCCCCUGCUAACCGUACGCGAAUGCAUCCUUUUCUACGGCCGCCUGCGGGGCAUCCGCCAUCUGGAUCUGUUGCUCGCGAGGGUCCUGAACACCUACGAGCUGCGCUCGUACCGGGAUGUCCAGGUGCGGAACCUGAGCGGCGGCAAUCGGCGGAAGCUGACGGUGGCCGCCACCUGCUGCGGCCACACGCCCACCGUCCUCAUGGACGAGCCCACCAGCGACUUGGAUCCGGUGACGCGGGAGUUCGUCUACUCGACCAUCGAGCAGCUGCUGGCCGCCCGCCGCGCCGUCGUCCUGACCUCCCACUCGGUCUCCGAGAUCGAGCAUCUGUGCCAGCGCGUGGCGGUGCUCAAGGCGGGCCAGGUCGUGGCCAGCAGCAGUCCCGCGCGGCUCAAGGCCGAGCAUGGGGGCUACUACGGCAUCAGCUGCUUCUGCCCACCCGCCCAGCAGGCACUGCUGGCCAAGAUGCUGCCGGAGCGGCUACCGGGUGCCUGCGACCUGCAGCACUACGCCCACAGCCUGCGCUUCCUGGUGAAGGUCCGUUCGGGCGGGGACUCCUCCAGCAGUGCGGCCAGUGGACUGCCACUGCCGCUGCUCUCCGAGCUGUUCGCCGCCCUGCGGGACAUGUCCGUGGGCAUCAGCCGAUUCUCCGUCAACCGCUGCCGCUUUGAGACGGUAUUCGAGAAGAUCCUGGACAGCAGCGAGAAGACGUCCUCGAACGGGCUGCAGGAGGACGUUGGCCUGCCCAGCAAAUCGCCGGCUGUCGGCGGCUCCCUGGCCACCGGCUACAUCCACUGCGGCUACGAGGAGACAACCACUUGAUUGAUUUUACUCUUCCGCACUGCACUGCAAUUAUGUGUUUAAUACGAGUAGUUUUUUGUUUGUUUGCUUAGUUAGAGAGAGAUGUGUGUUUUAAUUUUAUUUGUGAUAAGAUCGGACGCGGAUCCAGUGAUAGUUGUUCUAUAUUUCUGUUUCCGUUUCUGUUCGGGUAUUCUGUUAGACCAUAAGAGUUCGGACCAGCAAAAGACCUAUUUAUUUCGAUACUUAAUACGAUAAUAUGCAGCUAUGCCAAUGCCGCCGUCGAUCGAUCCUCGAACAGGAUUCUGUUAACCAGGCGCAAGUUUUACGAGUACGAGUAUGUAUAUUGUGCAAUACCUCUAAUAUAAUGAAGGAGUGUGUACCUAUGAAUAAAGUGAAAGUAGUAAAUGUGAGAGAAGA